GGCGAGCGCCGGGGGCGGCCUGGGAGCGCCGCGGGCUCCGGAGGGGCCGGGCCGGGCCAGAUCCUGUUGCUCCGUGAAGCCGUCGGCUGGAGCCUUGUCCAGCAGCACUCUCCUCUUAUCACAGCCAUGUUAACGACAGGAUGAAGCUGGAGGCUGUUGUGGAACAGCUGCAAAAGCAGCAGCAGCAGCAGCAGCAGCAGCAGCAGCAGCAGCAGCAAGCCCCUCUGCAGAUGGAGUCCAGAGAGCGGCAGCCGAGGCAGAUGCGAGACUCCCAGCUGCAUUACGCCCAACAGCUGACGGUGCCGCAAGCCACUCUUGCCGCCACCUCUGGCAAGACUCCUGGUGGCCCGGCUCUUGGUCCUUCAGCCAGAGUCCCGCCAAUGCUUGGCGCUGCCCAGACAUUUGAUCAGAGCAGUAUGAACUCAGAAGAGGAGGAGGAGGAGGAAGAGGAGGAGGAGGAGGAGGAAGAAGGAGAAGAGGAUUUGGAAGAUGGUGAUCUUGAGGAUGAUGGUCCAAGAACUGGGAAAGAUGCAUGUUCCGCUUUGAAGUAUCUUCAUGCAUCCAAAGUUGCCCCCCCUAACCAAAGAGUGGCUUCUUCCUCUAACCCCCUACCGAUUCUAGGGAUGCCGCGAGCACAGCAGGGAAAGGACAAGCCGGGUGAAGAGCCCCUGAACCCCCCCUAUUCUGGCUCGGCAUCUGGGAGGCAGGCCUGGCGAUUGGAUGAGCAGCUCAAGCAGAAUGGGAGCCUGAGCUGGAGUGAAGAAGCGGACAGCAGCAGAGGGAGAGAAGUGUCCCGGGACUUCGCUAAGUUGUAUGAGCUGGAUACUGACCCGGAACGGAAGAAAUUCCUAGAUGACCUCUUUGUCUUUAUGCAGAAGAGGGGAACACCGAUCAACCGCAUCCCCAUCAUGGCAAAGCAGAUCCUGGACCUGUACAUGCUUUACAAACUGGUGACAGAGAAGGGUGGGCUGGUGGAAAUCAUCAACAAGAAGAUCUGGAGAGAGAUCACGAAAGGCCUUAACCUCCCCACUUCCAUCACCAGCGCUGCGUUCACACUGCGCACCCAGUAUAUGAAGUACCUCUAUGCCUAUGAAUGUGAGAAGAAGUCCUUAAGCUCUCCCGCCGAGCUGCAGGCCGCCAUCGACGGCAACCGGCGGGAAGGCCGGCGGCCCAGUUACAGCUCCUCCUUGUUCAGCUACUCCCCGGCCGCCGCGGGGCCCCCCUCGCUCCUGUGCCCCGCCAAGAUGCGCUUCCCCAUCGCCAGCCUCGGCCCCGGCAGCGGAGCCGGCAACGCACACCUGCCCGCAGCAGGUGCCCUCAGGAAAGGCGACGGCAUCCCGCUGCCCGUGUCCACGCCAAAUCGCCUCGCCAUGCCCGUGACUCUGGCGAAUCAGCAGGCCACGGCCGCGGCCGCGGCCGCGGCGGCGAGGGCGGCCACGCUGGAGCAGCUCAGGGAGAGGCUGGAGUCGGGCGAGCCGGCCGAGAAGGUGGCGCGGGUGACGGAGGAGGAGCAGCGCCUGGUGCAGCAGGCCUUCCAGCGCAGCCUCUUCAGCGUGGCGCGGCAGCUGCCCAUGAAGAUCAAGAUCAACGGGCGAGAGGAUAAAUCAGACGCAGCAGCCACCGCAGCAGCCUUGAAUUGGGCCCCAUCUGGCUUCGGAAGCAUUAAUAUGUCCGUGGAGAUCAAUGGCACAAUCUACGCGGGAGUGCUCUUCGCCCAGAAGCCGGUCGUCCACCUCAUCGCCGGCUCCAGCACGCAGGGCACCGGCGCCUGCAGCAGCGGCAGCGGCAGCAGCAGCAGCUCCUCCUCCCGCUGCUCCCCCAGCCCGGCCUCCUCCCGGGGCACCCCCAGCGUCGAGCCCUCCACCAGCUGGUCUCUCUGAGGUGGCAGGUGGGCAGGGCAGGGCAGGGCAGGGGCGCUGCCUGGCCUCCGGCGGCCUCUCACGGGCUGGACGGAGCCCCACCGGCCGCCUCGCCUCGCCUCGCGGGAGCCGUCGGCCAGCAGCAGAGGAGCGGGGAGCCCGUGCCGGCAAGGGUCCCGUCAGGGGGGGCUCGCUGUCUGCCCGUGCCGCCGUUCUUCAGGUCUCGCUGUCUGCCCGUGUCGCCGUUCUUCAGGUCUCGCUGUGUCCUCUCUGAAACGCAGG